CGGAAUUCUCAAACGGAGGCGAUAUAUAAAACAGAGUUUUCACGAUUGUACGAGACUGUUUUUUCGUUUUUGCGUGUGUUGUAUUUUUUUUUUUUUAUUUGUACACAGUUCCGUUGUUUGUUUUUCUAAUUUUAAACAUUGUUCGCUCUUGUGCUUGGAAGAGAGAAAACUCUUCGAGGAGAGUUUUUAAUAACCGGUGAAGAAAAAAACCGUGCAGGGUUGGUCAACGACUGUUGCAGUGUUUAUUUAGAAUGAUAUUUUUAAACCGUAACGAAAAAGUUCAACUAAUAAUUGCUCAUUAUUUGUGGGUGAAAAUCGGGUGAUAAUAAUCGGAAGAAAGCUUGUUCGGAGCUACGUAAGUGGCGGAUAUUGAUGAGGCGAGAUGUUUUUAUAGACGAUAUUUCCAAUGACUUGAUGAUUUGGUUGGGUGUCUAAUAGAACGAGACAGACUGUUCAGUGUGUUGUUACCGGUGAAUAUAAUAUCCCAAGUCAGACGCCAUCGGAAUACGUGUCGUUAAAGAUGAACCAGCAGUGCAAAGUCUGCGGCGAGCCGGCGGCAGGCUUCCACUUUGGAGCUUUUACGUGCGAAGGAUGCAAGUCGUUCUUCGGCCGGACAUACAACAACCUGGGGAGCAUAUCAGAGUGCAAGAACGGAAACGUUUGCGUAAUAAACAAAAAAAACCGAACAGCGUGCAAAGCGUGCCGUUUGCGAAAAUGCCUGCUUGUUGGAAUGUCAAAAUCGGGUUCACGUUACGGUCGUCGUUCCAACUGGUUCAAAAUUCAUUGCCUCCUCCAGGAGCAGUCCAACAGUACGCAAGCUAGCGGGGCUCACAGCACGGCGCCCUUCGCUCCCAGUUUUCUUCCUGGUUUUCUACCGCCACCGAGCCAGAGCCAGUUGGGCCUUUACGGCAAGGAUGCGAAGGAGCGCGCAUCGCCGAGCCAAGAGGACUUGGCGCUGCAGUCGCACCUUUUACACGUGGCGAUGCUGAAGCACGAACGCGAGAGGGGCAACAAGUCUCCCCACCCUGACGACAUCGCGCUACAAAAUCAGCUCCGACUUUUGGCGUGGCAAAAGGAGCGCGAACGAGUGAGUCAGCAGCCUCCGGGAACCCCGCCGAGGAACGAGACGCCCCCUUCUUUCGCUUACGCGAAACACCCGGCAUCCAUGCCCCCGAUAUUCCCGCCAAACUUUGCCGAGAGGGAGCCACCGUCGAGUCCCGAGGUCUGCAGGCCCUUUCUAUCGCCUUACAAACGGGCCGCCGAAACGCCGAGCGACAGUGGCGCCUCUUCGGCCGGUGAACAGGACCAGGACGACUCGCGGAGCAACUCGGCGAUGAGCUACUUCAAAACGGAGGCAUCGCCACCGCUUUCCGAGCGUGAAUUUCCACCCCGAAAGAUAAACGCCACCGUAACUCUAACCACCGGCUACCCCCACCACAGUUUGGGCCUUGUCACCCCCACGACUUCCCAGCACUCGCCGAGGGGCGGCGAUCUCCUUCUCGUCAGUCCGAGUCCCGGCGGUCUUGCCGUCGAACAGGAGGAACCCAUCGACCUCAGCGUCAGGCCCGUUUCGAGGGCCUCGUCGGGACUCCGAGCCUCCCAAACUUCCGCGGAGGACUCGGCUAGCUCGAGCAGCGUAAGUACCGCCAAGGAGGAACCACCCGCCGUCAAAAGUAAACCCCUCGACCUCACCCUCGGGGUCAAGAGGCCCGCGGAGUUACCUAUGUCGCUUUAGGGUCCCAGGGAUCGGUCCCGAUUAUCUUAACACAAUUUUAUUGAUAUUAUUAAUAUUAUUUUUAUCAUUAUUACACCUAUCACUAUGAUUAUCAUUAUUAUUGACAAGGUUAUUUUAUAUAUACAUAUUUUUUUUUUAUGAUACAUGGGGAAAAGACCGGAUCCCAGUGGAAUCGGUGGUCUUUCAACCUCUUAUGCAAACAUGUGUUCAAUUUGUAAAUACCGCCGUGUAGUGCGAGAUUUAUAAUUUUAUUUCUUGUUUCUUCUUCCUCUUUCGUGUUUUAAUUUCUUCCUAUAUUUUUCUUUCUCGUGCGAGUCCACUUUUAAUUUAUUAUCCCGAAAAUUAAAAUACGUUAUCUAGACGUAAAUACGUAGUUGAAUAUGUAUGUGUUUAUAAUUAAAAGACGUAAUAUUGAGGAAUACGUAAUUGGUAUGAUAAUAGAAAGUUAUUAUGAGAAUUGAAGAAAUUUAUAUUGCGGAUAUAUCGGCCAGUAUAUAUAUAAUAGUUUCGGUGCCUUAAUAUAUUGUUUCUCAAUCUAGUAUAUUAUAUAAAUAUAUUAUACAUAUAUAUUACAUAUAUGUAAAUGUGUGGGUAUGUCGAUAUUUAACCAUUAUGCAUAAAUUCUAACAAAUGUAUAUUUUUUAUAUUUCAUUCUACACCAGGAAAAUAAGUUAUUGGAUUUGAUCAAUGUUAAGUGAUCUAAAUAAUCCAUGCGUUUGCACAGUACUGAGAGUACGUUUAUUCAAUGCGACCGUUUAUGUGGUUUUGGAUUUUAAAAAAUCCGUAUUUCGGACCAAAACAAGCGACUUUAAACUGUCCACGAUUCAACCAUCGAGCUAUCCAUUUUCAUACUGCAGGUUCCAAAUUUGCAGAGAGAAAAAAUAAAUAUUAGUACCUAAUUCAAAUUUCGAACUACAAAUUCAGAUUCGUGAUUGACGAUUCAAAAGCUCUCAGUUGUCGUAUUACAUGAAAUUAUCACGAUUUGUCUUAUUUUGAACGACUAUAAUGGAUUUAACAUUACAAAUUUUGAAAGUCUGAAGUCGAUUCAAGCGAAGUUGUCGUUCCGAAAGUUCCAGUUUAAUAUUACGAAAUAAAUAUUUACUUGUUUUGAAAACUGUAAACCGUUUUAACCAAGAAGUGGUUGAUUUGAAUGAGAAAUUUUUGGAAUCAAAUAAACUGAGAGUCAAAUAAAUUAGCUGUUUGGUUUGAUAACUUUAUAUGUUCUUAGCGUUGGAUGUGUAUUUUUGAUAUACGCAUAUGUGCAUUACAUAUAUGUAAAAUAUUGAAUGCGACGUAGGAAAAAGAAAAGAGUGCGCGGUAUGAAUGAAGGAUAUAUUUGGAAUUUAUUCUACGUAUAGCCUAAUUAUUAUUGUAUUUUAUUUUAUUUUAUUGUGAUGAUGCAAGGCCAGUAGAUACCUAAGGUUGAGUGGUUGCAGUUGUAAAUAUAAUCUUCGAAUGCUAUAAAUAAACAUAUGUAUAUACAUCUAAAUAUACACUGCCGGCCAAAAGUUUAGGUAGACCGGGCGAAAUUUAUUUCCGCACUAAAAGUUAGAUAGCGAAAUCAAAAAUAAACAUAAUCAAAGAAAUCAAACGGCGUUUUAAAAAACAUAAGUUUAUCUUCAUUUUGCUUCUGCAGAAACUUCUCUACAAUUUUUUUUCACCCCGGUAAGUAUUUUUGACCAUGGCCAUGGAAUUAUGAGGUCUGAGACAAUCUAUCGCGAAAGAAAACUUGUUUGUCUUCUCAUUUUUAAUUAACUACAAUUUUUUAAGGUUAAAAAUAAAAUUAUUCCAACAAUUUUUCCACAAUUUUUCAUAUUUUUAAUUAUUUUGUAAUUAUUUCAAAGUUUUAACGUAUAAAAUUUACUGAAUAUAAAGAAGUUCGUAUUUAAAAACUAGGCAUAAUUAUUAUUCAACGUACUCAAGGCAUGUUGUGUUUAAUUAUCGCGAAAAAUUGAAUGUAUCGAUAAAUAUCGUCUGAUCGGCACAAAGGCGAUUUUUUUUCUUUAACGAAAAACUCGGAUACAUGAGGUAAGAGACGUGAUUGACAAUUUGUUUAAACUUUUUUUUACAACUUCCCAUCCCUCCCAACAUUUUCUCUGAAACCCCCAGUUAUUCAGUCACAGCAUUUAAAAAAAAAAAAUAUCUUUUUCAGUUGAAAAUGCAAUGCUGGGGCGAACAAAAAUCGUACAAAACUUUUUAAAAAACGAACAUGUAGGUUUUGAUAUUCUUUUUAAGUUCAUCACAGAAACAACCAAGAAAAAAAAAUUUCUACAGGUUGUAGAGUCAAUUUUCGGCGUCUAAAAAAGGUUAAAAAAUACGUUCUGGGGUGUGAAAAAAAAUAUCGAUAAUUUUCUAAGAAAACAAAGUGAAGAUAAACUUGUCCUCUUUAAAACGUCGCCUGGAACGUUUGUUUAUAUUCAUUUUUUAGCCAGCUAU